GAGAACCCAGGCGUCCGGGCUCCCCGCUGCCUGCUGUAACCACCCCCCGUUUCUCCGAAGGAGCCGGCUGUCUGGGAGAUCCAGUGGGAAGACACUGGCUGAGCUCUCCAGGACCCUGGAGGAGGCGAACGCCGCACUGGAGCGGCUGAGCACAGAGAGCUCCUCCCUGCGGGGGGACGCAGAGCCCCUGGCCCCUGGCACUGCCCUGCAGACCCUGGCGCUGGUGGCCUGCGACUCGCACCAGCUGAUGGCGGCCUUCAGGCAGGUGUAUGAGACGGAGCUGCGGGAACACUGCGGCCGCGGCCCUGCCCCACGGCUCAGCCCCUGUGGGCCCCUAAGCCAGCACCUGCACCGGGCCCUCACCCUCUGCACCCAGGAGCUGUGGACGCUGGCCCAGCUGAGCGACACCUCAGAGCAGGUGGUGCAGACGGCGGAGCGGAGAUGCGGCGAGGAAGGCACCAGCCCCCCAGUGACACUGCCCGCGAAGAUGGAGGAGCUGCGCCGGCGCUACCAGGCCCGCCUGGCUGCUGCCGGGGGGCUGCCGGGGUGACCCCAGGAGUGGGCUGGGGGAGGGGAGAUGGGUGGGGAGCUCCAGGGCCCCCAUCCCACGGGGGAGCUGCUGUCCCACUGGUCCUGGGAUAAUAAAAGAGUAAUUAAUUAUUAA